CAGCAGCCCUGCUCGACCUCCAUUUCGGCCGCCUUCCGCCUUCCCUCAACAACAUCAUCCCUCUUUUUUUCCUUCCCCUCCUGUAGCCACCUACAAUUUCCAACCUGCGCUUCCUGUUUGCCGCAACCGUCUCUUCCCACGUCCACCUCUUCGAUACCCUCUUUCUCCGCGUUGAUUUUUGCAAACCACCUGCACCCACGAAACCACUCAAAGCCUCACUUUUUUCCCAAGUCGACACAACUCAGAAUCCACAAAAAUGGCCACCGAGCGUGAAAGCAAGACUUUCCUCGCCAGGCUCUGCGAGCAGGCUGAGCGCUACGAUGAGAUGGUCACCUACAUGAAGGAGGUCGCCAAGCUGGGCGGUGAGCUCACCGUCGACGAGCGCAACCUGCUCUCGGUCGCCUACAAGAACGUCGUCGGCACCCGCCGUGCCAGCUGGCGCAUCAUCUCCUCCAUCGAGCAGAAGGAGGAGUCCAAGGGCUCCGAGAAGCACGUGUCCACCAUCCGUGAAUACCGCCAGAAGAUCGAGGCCGAGCUGGAGAAGGUGUGUCAGGAUGUCCUCGACGUCCUUGACGAGUCCCUCAUCCCCAACGCCGCCUCUGGCGAGUCCAAGGUCUUCUACCACAAGAUGAAGGGUGACUACCACCGGUACCUCGCCGAGUUCGCCUCGGGCGACAAGCGCAAGGUCGCUGCCACUGCUGCCCAUGAGGCCUACAAGAGCGCCACGGAUGUUGCUCAGACCGAGCUCACGCCGACGCACCCCAUCCGCCUGGGUCUUGCGCUCAACUUCUCCGUCUUCUACUACGAGAUCCUCAACUCUCCCGACCGCGCGUGCCACCUGGCCAAGCAGGCGUUUGACGAUGCCAUCGCCGAGCUUGACUCGCUUUCGGAGGAGUCGUACCGCGACAGCACUCUUAUCAUGCAGCUGCUGCGUGACAACUUGACCCUGUGGACCUCGAACGAGACGGGCGAUGCCGAGGCCGCCCCGACGGGCACCGCCGAUGCGCCCAAGGACGAGACUGCCAAGACGGAGGAGAAGGUGGAGGGCAAGGCCGACGAGCCGGCCCCCGCUGCCGCCGCUCCCGAGUCGUAAGGGUCGCGCGAUAGCGUAUACUAUCACGAAGCAACGCAGAUUUAGCUUUUGACUCCUUGAUUCCCCUUCCCAUGGGACUGGGUUCCUAAUCGGGGUUUCCCCCUCCUGUUUGUUUUCCCCGCACCACCUUCUCGGUUGCAUUUCCGAGUUGAUAUCUCUGUUGCGACUGGGUACGUUGUGUUCUUUCGAUAAGUCAUAGGUAUGGGGGUCCUUUGGCUUGUGCCAAGACAGAGUGGCUGGUGAGGUUCAAAUGCGGCAUCGGCGGUCAUGGAGGACAGGGAGUUGGUUGUGGCAGGAUCGGACAUGCAGGACAGAUCAGUUGCCUUUCUUUUUCUUGCUCCCGUUUCCCCCCUUCAUCUCUUUUGGUCAAAUACACGGAACUGAACCGUAACCUAUGUCCCUCCCCCAUUUUUUUCGAUUCAGCAUCCCGUUAGUUAUUUGCGUCUCUCCAAGCCUGCCUCACAGUCAUAUUGCAUGCGCUUUCUGGGCCUCUCUCUGUCAACAGUGUGGCGCCCUUUCUCUUGGUGGGUAGGUGGGCGUUGACAGACAGACGGGGGAGGCGGGAUUAUGGCUGCACAGCCGUUGGGCUUUCCGAGUCUCGGCUGCCGGUGCAUUAGCCGUCUCCAGAUUCCUCUUCCUCCCCAUUUCUUUCCUCUGAGUCUUUUACUCAACAAGUCUCGUGUCUCUCUCCUCUCGUCUCAUCUGGCUUUCAGGUCUAGAAGAGAGUGUGUGGGUUGUGGGUGUUGGGAAAUUUCCUACCAAUUCCCCUGUAGGUCUGCCUAUCUUUUCCAACUUGUGGUCUGGUAUUUUCACACCCGCCCUCCACUUUACUCGAUAACGCACGCACGCCCAAGGCGAAUUAACUGUAUCCACAGAAAUCCUACAAGAAAAAAAAAUCGAAAAUGGCCUCGGCAGCAAUACUAGGCUGCCGGGCGCUGCUCAUUCUUC